AUGGAGUUGCAGAGAUUUCCUAUCGGAAGGGCACCGCUGUGUAUACCAGUCAGAGAUAAUACAUCUGAAGACCCCUUCAGAUGCAUUACUGCUCCUGUGAUCGUUCAGAGGGAUGCUCCUCCUGUGUCCACUGGGCAGGCUCCCAAGCACCAAAAGCUGAUGAUUUCUGGAUCACUGGGGCAAUGUGAUGAUGCUGAUUGCUUAGAUUGUCCAAAGAACAAAAUGCAUCUCAAAAGAAGGCCAGCUCUCUUUGAUGAUAAGGAUGGUGGAUGGAUGAGGAGAAUUUGGUCGUCCUUUCCAUACAUUCCAGUUAUGAACCCACAUUCUAAGGCUGUUCGUCGAUGGAAUCAGUUUUUUGCUAUAUCAUGCUUAAUUGCCAUUUUCAUCGACCCGCUCUUUUUCUUCCUACUGUCCAUGGAUAAGGAUAACAAGUGCAUAGUAUUCAACUGGCAGUUUGGGGAAGCAUUAAUUGCCGCAAGAACUUUGACAGAUGCAGUUUAUUUUCUUCACAUGCUACUCCAGUUCAGGAUGGCCUACAUAGAUCCGGAGUCAAGAGUAGUUGGGUCUGGAGAUUUAGUUGAUGAGCCUGGCAAAAUUUUUAUCCACUAUCUUCGCAGUGCUUUCAUAGUCGACUUUUUUGUUUUGCUUCCACUCCCUCAGGUGAUUGUAAUGAGAGUUAUCCCUAAGUAUGUUGGGUUAUCCAGUGCAAACUACGUGAAGAAUUUGUUGCGUGCCACAGUUAUUCUUCAGUAUGCCCCACGAAUCUGCAGAUUUGUGCCAUUGCUUGGUGGCCAAUCUGCUAAUGGAUUCAUUUUUGAAUCCGCAUGGGCUAACUUUGUGAUUAAUCUUCUAAUAUUUGUUUUGGCUGGGCAUGUUGUUGGUUCAUGUUGGUACCACUUUGGGCUACAGAACGUUAAUCAGUGUCUACAGAAUGCUUGUGUUGCACUGAAUAUAACAUCCUGUGCCGAGUUCACAGAUUGUGGAUAUGGCAUUAGUGAACAUGUUAGAGAAAAGAGGCACCACUGGUUCAGCCACUCAAUGACACAAGGCUGUUUUGAUACUACAAGUGGUUCUUAUAAGUAUGGGAUCUAUGAGCAAGUUGUGCUGCUAACUGCAGAACCCGCCAUUAACCGUUAUGUGUAUUCAUUAUUUUGGGGGUUUCAGCAAAUAAGUACUUUAGCUGGCAAUUUGGUCCCAAGUUACUUCGUAUGGGAGGUUCUGUUCACCAAGGCUAUUAUUGCACUGGGGUUGUUGCUUUUUGCAUUACUUAUUGGGAACAUGCAGAACUUUCUACAAUCUCUUGGGAAAAGGAGACUGGACAUGCAACUUAGGAGGCAUGAUGUUGAACAAUGGAUGGGACACAGGCAACUCCCAGAAGAUUUGAGAAGGAGGGUUAGACAAGCAGAAAGAUUCAGUUGGGUGGCUACGAGAGGAGUGAAUGAAGAAGAGAUAUUGAGUAAUUUACCAGAAGAUAUUCAAAGGGAUAUACAGCACCAUUUCUUCAGGUUCCUUGACAAGUUUCGCUUAUUCACUGUCAAGGACUGUCCAAUCUGGGAUGCUAUCUGUCACAAGUUAAAGCAUAAGUUGUACAUUACUGGAAGCGACAUUAUUUGCCAGGGCCGUCCAGUUGAAAAGGUGGUCUUUAUAGUUCGGGGAAAAUUAGAAAGCAUCGGUGAAGAUGGUAGCAAGUUUCAAUUACAUAAAGGAGCUGUGUGUGGGGAGGAACUCCUUAUGUGGUACUUGGAGCAGCCGUCAGUGAAUAGAGAUGCUGGGGAGGUGGCGGUCGAUCCCGUUCGUUGGAUGUCGAUACGUACCAUCAGAUGUUUAACAAAUGUAGAAGCUUUCGUACUACAGGGAAGUGAUCUGGAAGAAGUUACAUCAGAGUUUUCAAGGUUCUUGUGUAAUCCGUCUGUGAUUGCUGCAAUUAGGUACGAGUCACCGAGGACCCUCGCGGCAAGCCGCAUUCAAAUCGCAUGGAGGCACCGGCAAAGGAGACGGAGAGCUGAGGCCGUGCAAGGCUAAAGGGAUAGUCUGCUGUACAUUCGUGAGCGCUCUAGGGUAGGGUCUUCUUACAGAUGCCCUCGGUAUGCAACAACCGGCGUAUAGGUUUCUGAUGCUACAUAGGUAGUAGACAUGCACACACCAUUACUAGGACAAGGAGAUUUUGCUGCUAAUGCUCUGCUGUGAGCUCCCCUCCCUUCCGUAUAUAACAAGGAGAUAUGGAUGUUCUGCUGAUGUGCGUAGACUGGGCCCUUUAGAAAGCAGAGAAAUAGCUCUGUAGUACUUACUAGGACAUGGCUCGGUGCCCCUUUCGGAGGAAAAGAAAUGUUACCACCCACUAAACAUGGGAUCUCUCUUUACAUUACAUAU